AUGAAGCCGUGUAUUUGCCUAAUAAUAAUAGCAGUCAUGACUGUGGGAAAUUAUGGUGAUGAAUUUAUCGACGCCGAACUUCUAAUCGCCGGGAAUAGUAAAUUUACUGCAAAAAUGUUUUCGGAAGUCGCCAAAAUCAACGCUAAGAAGAGUUUUGUUUUGUCUGCUUUUUCUGUGCUCACUCCUCUAGGCCAACUUUCACUUGCCUCAGAAGGAGACUCUCACGACGAAAUUCUUAGGGCUAUUGGAUUACCAGAUGAUAAUUCGACCAAAUCAGUUUUUUCAUAUAUGAACAAAAAAUUCAGAUCCGUAAAAGGCGUUGAUUUAAGAAUGGCAAACAAGAUUUACGUUGCUAAUGGAUAUGAUCUAAAUGAUGAUUAUGCUGCCGUAUCAAGGGAAACUUUUCAAUCAGAUAUCAAAAGUGUUGACUUUACUAAUAGUGGAAAAACAUCAGAAGAAAUAAAUGCUUGGGUAGAAGAUCAAACAAACCAUCGUAUAAAAGACUUAGUUGAUCCCGGCACAUUAUCAGGGAACACAAGGGCAGUUCUUGUUAAUGCAGUUUAUUUUAAGGGUAUGUGGAAAGAUCCAUUUAAUAAAAUUUUUACACGCCAAAGCGAUUUUCAUGUGUCGGGUGAGAAAACUGUUAAAAUACCUAUGAUGUACAGAAAAGGAAACUUCAACUAUGGUGAAAGCGCGGAUCUUGGUGCUAAGAUUUUAGAAAUUCCAUAUGAAGGUAGUGAAUCUGCAUUUUACGUAAUAUUACCUGACAAAAUCGAUGGAAUAAUGGAGCUCGAGAAUAAAUUAAAAGAUCCUUCUGUGUUAGACAAUUCGUUAAAAAACUUAUUUGAUGUGGAAGUAGAGGCAUAUAUACCUAAGUUUAAAAUCGAAACUACAAUAAACCUUAAAGAAAUAUUACAAAAGAUUGGUGUUAAAAAAAUAUUUGAAGCUGGUGAAGCAAAUUUCAACAAACUGUUAAAAGAAAAAGGAGAUUUGUACAUAAGUGACGCGAUCCAAAAGGCCUUUAUAGAAAUAAAUGAAGAAGGUGUUGAAGCCGCAGCAGCAAAUGAGUUUGGUAUUUCCUAUCUGGCUGCAUUUAUUUCCCAGAACAUCAAAUUUGUUGCAGACCAUCCGUUUGUAUUCGUGUUAAAAACAGGGGAAAACAUUUUGUUUAGUGGGGUCUUUUCACCU